CCGCUGCUGUCAGGAAAAAAGAGCAAAAAAACUGUAAAUGGUGGACUGAAACUGCACUCCUCUUUCGAUGUAAAUUAUUGUACGCAAAAUUAAAAAAGUUCCGUUCGGGUUCGCAAAACAUUUGAUUUUCGGGCGUGCUAGUGCGGUGUACCGGAACUGUAAUACGAAAAUAAAUUACAGCGCAGAACCGCGGACGGGGUUCAAUUCGGCACGGAAGAAACGGGUUAUUGACGUUAGUGGAUUGGUUCCGAAAAUGUAUUUUGUUAUGCGAUCGUGAUCGUAUCGAAUUGAUUCCUGUGUGAUGUAAAAGCAGUGUUCUGAUUGUUCCAAAUAUUCAUCUGUCGGUGUCGGGAGAGAAGAUCAUCGGAAGUGAAAACAGAAGCGGAGAAUCCCUAUGGCGAAUCGUAUUAACAGUGUGGUUUGGUGAAUAUGCCCAUUAGAAGAGAAAUGAUAAGCGAAGAAGUUACUAAGUGAUAAAAAACGUAUAUUCAACGAACGACGACAAUCUAUACAAUGGCACCGGUUUACGAACAGAACGACGUUUUAGGCGCCCUGUGGGAGGAAAUUAUACAAGUGCACUGGAAGUUCCUAGAUGCGGACGAGUCGAUGCAAAAGAUUGAGCAUAGGAGACAAUUAGAAGAACUGAUACUCCAGUACUUAUGUAACAUACCACAUAAUCACAAGUUUUAUCUUCCCCCAACGGUGAGAGUACUUGAAAGUUCAAUCGCAAAGUUAGACGACUUUUCCGCAUACAAAGCAGCUAACGGAUUUGAAGCAAUCAGCCAGUACGCAAAUAACCUGUUCACAAAACCAUGGCGAAAGGAGUACAAAGUGAUCAAGAUGUACUCCGGAUUCUACCAGCACGAAAUAGCAGCCAAUCUGAUGGGAGCGGAAGUGCUGUUCGAGGAAAUGGGUUACCGCACGAUGCCAAACCAAACAUUGGUUCUCGAGGGACCCAUCUGUCCUGACCGGGUUACCAACGUUUCAAAAGAUGCCAUUACGGCUAACGUGGAGUGCCAGAUUAUGAUAAACAUCUAUCGUGGACUGACUGAAAUGUCUCUUCGGGUUAACUGGAGUGAUAUCUAUAAUUUCCGGGAACGCAAUACAAUGGAUAUUGAGCAAUCUAUUCAACUCAUGGCUACACUUAUUCAGGAAAAGCAUCAGAAAACUCAACAAGCUAGGCGAAAAGACUCGUAUGGCAGUACGCUAGCGCCAGCAGUUAGUUCUUGCAAUUCUUGCAAUCCGUAUCAGUUUCAUCCUCACAUGCAACAGCAGCAGCAGCAACCUCCGGCUCCCUCUAUGGCUGUUCCCCCGCAAACACCUCAAAUACCCUUCUGCGGUCCUCAACCCUUGUACAAUACCGUUCCAUGUAGUAUGCAUAGUCAACCACCUAUAGUUUACAGCUAUCAUCAUCACAAUAACUACCAAAGUUACCUGCCGAACUCUCCCUCUCAAGCUCACAUUCACCCAUCGGGCCAAUCCGCUGUGAUGAAUCCCCAUCAACCUCCUCAUCUGGGUACAAUACCCCAUUCUAAAUCUCUGGACCAUUAUCAAAACCCUACCGCAGCCAUGUACAAUCUAACUGCUAGUAUGCAACGGCACUCAAUCGAUCAGGCCUUCGAUUACGCCGCAGCUUCCUCGGCAUCGCACUAUGGUGGACCGAUGGGAAUGGGUCCACCGACAGGAACCUACGAUACAGUUGAUAAUUGCAAUAUCCCAUUCAUAAAUCAUCCCUAUAAUGUUUCUGGGAAUCGGUUUCCUUUGCCCUACAACCUUUCUACCAACCUAGGUCCAUGUAUGAACGGCAUACCAGGAAAGCCAAAUGGAAAUGAACCAUUCUAUCAAGCCAGUAUUAACGGUUACCAUCAGAUGCCGCAAUAUUAUCACCAUCGCAAUAGCAGUAAUGGCCCCAUCUAUGCACCACAAACGCAACCUCAUAGGCAUGCUUCUGACAUUUACAUGAACCAAAACUUCGAUCACUCCGGUACUCAAACUCCUACGUCUAUCUUGAGCAAAAAGAAAACAUCCUACGACGAUUACGAGGUUCCUUCGAUACGAAAUGGCGCAGACGCCAAAAGCCCUGGAGACCUAAUCUACAUUGACACUCGAGAGGAAGCGAAGAAAGAACGAAAGAAAUCCGACCGUGGCGCAAAGAACCCAGACUUGCUGGUAGAUUACGAAAGUGAGAUGCUUCCGGCAGCAUUGGUUGAACGGAAUCAGCAACAGCAUCAUCGUCAUCAUCAAUUGCACCAUCAAACAUCACGGAACUCACGGCAGUCUGAUUUCGAUAGCUAUGAAGACGAGCAACUGCAAUCAGGAGCUAAUCAACGCGCGUCAAAUGUGACCAAGCGUAUUACGAGUAAGAAUCAAGACGGCAUUGGUUCAUAUGAACAGUGGAACUAUGUGUUCCAGAAUUUGGAGAAACAGGGAUACACCAAGGAUUUGGGCGAACGAGGCGACUUCCUAGUUGACGUGGAUGACGAAGAAUACCCUGAAACCUUAAACGCAAGCCGAAACGGUACAUUAAAACGCAGCAGCAAUGAUAAACUGAAAGCGAUGAAACCUAAAUCAGCAGACAAAGUCGAUGGAAUUCGCAUGGCGUCGUCUAAGCAAACCCAAUCAAGUAAGCACGAUCGGGACAACGAACGGAAUGAAGCAGCUGUGCGGAGUGCUCAAAAACCGAUUUCAGUACAAAAAGUUGUAAAACCUUCUAGCAAUAAUCAGACAGAUAAUAGUCACCAGAAAUCCAAUCACAUCAGCAAUCCAACCCACUCCACUAUCGGAGGAACAAUCAAUAGACGAAAUUCCAUCACACGGAAGGUUUCGACUUCUAGCAAAGAGAAUGGAAUAUCUGCGAAUCCCACGUCCGGCUCCAAUGCUACUGGUGGUGGAAUUUUGGUAAAUCAUAACAGUUCUAAUCAUACUUCAGCUUCUACUUCGGGCAAGAAGAAAACGGCCAGCUUCGACACGGCGGCAGCGACUAUCAUCAACUCAGAAGAUAACCGAACCCCUAGCAAUAACGGUUAUGGAAGCCGCAGCGAAUGGAAUUGUGAAUUUUGCACCUUUUUGAACCCUGAGACCAAACGCAUCUGCGAAAUGUGUGCCAAGAGCCGGGAUUUCAAAUUGAGCAGUGAAACAACGACGGCGACCAGCAAUGGAAAAGCGACUUGCGUCUAAUAGAACUCGUAAAAAUUGUGAUCGAAUGAGAACGGACAGAGGAAUUCGAAAAUGAAACGAAACAUUUCGAAAUCGUUAUGACGUGCGGAAAGCAGAAAUUAAUAAUUCGGCCAGCUUACAGGUCACCUAACUAGUCAGAAAUCAAGAAGAAAUAUGUGAAACUUAUUAAAUAUAUAUUGAAAUUGUUAUACAUUACACUAUUUUUAGAUUACCUAAGGCAGAAAAAUCUAAUGUCUAACAUUUGUAGCAAUUUCUAAACUAACUAUUGUAAGCUCAUGUUUCCCCAAUUAUGAAAAUUUUAAUAAAAUAACUUUUCUUUGUUUGCUGUUGACAACUGAA